AUGGUUCAUCAUACGAAAAUAAAACCUCAACUUUCAAAAAACAUAAAAAAGAGGACACCAUUAAAACCAGCUAUAGUUCCAACUGAUAUAUACGUUUCGCGUAAUUCGAAUUUUAAAGGUCAAUUAUUUCGUGCUAAAAGAUUGUUAUUGGAAGAUGGACAUUCACCAAUAAUAAUAAUUCAUGGAUUAGGAGCAGCGAUACAAAAAUCCAUUAAUUUGGUAUUAACCUUAAAUGAUUUAUUACAAAAUCAAAUUGUUUACAAAGUUACUACUGGAACUGUUAAUCUAGUAGAUGAUAUUAUUCCUGAUGAUGAUGAUAAAGAUUUGGAAGUUCAAACUAGAAAUAAUUCUAGCAUUCAUAUUGAAGUAUCCUUAAAAGAUAAUUCCUUUUAUCAUAGAUAG